CCCGAGCUUCCCCUCCUCCAACGCUCUUCAACAGUCAAUCUAUCGCCAUUAUCUUUUCAAUCUCCAAGUAUUGAGCUCAUCCAUCAUGUCCGAGUUCCCCAGUAUCCAGCCCGCUUUCACCAUCAAGAUCGCGCUCGAUCCUGCGCUUGCAGUCGGUAGCGCUUCCCGUGGGGCAACCUUACAGGUCAUUCCCUUCUCUAGCGGCACUUUCAAGUCGGCCGAAGGCUUUUCCCCUUCCCUCGAUGCCGAAAUAGUCGGCGUCGGCAAUGACUACAUUCAUGCCGACCCAGAUGGUUCGCGUCUGCGCCUGGACGCCCACGGGACCAUCAAGACCCAAGACGGCGCCCUUAUCUACGUUAACUACACUGGUGUUGUCUCGGUGGGCGAGGCCGAGACUAACAUCCUCACUGGUAAAACUACAGAAGGCGCGACGCCUUUCGGCAACUCUUUCACUCACGUUACUUUCGAGACCGGGCAUGAACGCUACAAGGACCUUGAAAACCGCGUCUUUGUCGGUAAAGGCAGAUUCGUCGCUGAAAACGGCAAGCCGCUUAGUGUCGAGUACAGAGUCGGCCAGGUUGUUCAUGCGUAAAGGAUGGAAUGACCGUGAUGUAUACGAAGCAGUAGUAAUUGCAGUGAAUGUAUCAAUUUCCAUGAAGCGGUGGUCUUCCUCGAUGGCACUACUCUCGUAGUUCGAAACCAUUCAAUAUACGAGUCCUUCUUAUUAUAGGGCGAUGAGCAUGGUAUGAGCCAGAAAGGUGUACGACCAAAUCGUACCUGACAUUCCACAUCAACGGUAAUGGUUCUCAGCCCUAAUGAAUAAAGACCUACCAC